GCUGAUAGAGGGGCAGUAGGGCUGAAGUAAGGAAGAGGAUGAUAGGGGGUGCAAAUUACCCCUGCCGUCAAAGGGAAGCAAAGUCAGCAAUUGGCGUUGAUGACGCUGCACUGGCAGAAGAAGAGCCAAUCAGAUCUUUCCUGCCCCUGGCAGCUGAAAUCUCAUUUCUGCAUUUUUCCCAGCGCAGGCUAAGUCAAGGAUGGAACACAGAGAGACAGAGAAGAAGGCAAAAAUGCACAGCACUCGAUAGGCAUCAUUAACUGAAUUCAUUGAAAGGGAACCAGAAAAAUAAUCGCUCUCUCCAAGCUGUGGACUCUUAAAACUCACUGCAGCCUGUUCUGCAUUAAUAACUCCUUUGCCAGAUAUACUGGGAGAAAAGAUACAGGGGGAAGGGAAUGUGAAACAGCCAAUGCAAGUUAGCUGGAAGCUUUGAACAUUAACCCCUAGAGGGAAAGAAAAGGAGGGGUAGGAGGGGGCUGUGUGAAUACAUAGGAGCACUGCAUCACGCUAAUGUUCAGCUCAGAACAGUAUGCGUCAGCAGUACAUCCACGUUCUGACUGAAGGACGAAAGGAUGAGAGAGCAGCCUGGCUGGUUGGCUGCUGCUUACAACACCAAGCAAAAAGGGAGAGAGGAGGACCAUUAAAAGAGGAAGAUGCUACGGGGCUCUGAUAUCGUUCCCUUCGCUGCUGCCUGUUCUGCUGCUGCUAAAAACACCAGACGAGACAUUAAAAGCAAGACUAGGAGAAACCCACAACUCACUACCUCACAAGAAAAGGCUCUACAAUGGGACUUCCAUGAGGCAGGAGAUGAACGGCUGUAAAAGACUGUCCCUUCUACAGACCCGUCUCAAAUCAAGGGCUCAGCACUAAGGUGUGUGUAUCUGUGUUUGUGUGGUUUCACCUCCAGCUUAGUUUCUACAAGACCUCCGCUCACUCCUUGGAGAUAUUGGCGGAUUAUUGCUAAGUGUGCAAGAGGUAGGCUGCAGCAUCUGCAUCCGUAGCUUGGAAAGCAAAGCCAGCUAUAAAAAGAGAGAGAGAGCGAAGCCAGCACGGAGAGAGAGGGGGGGAUAGCACUCAAUGCCUGCAAUGUGCUUACUGCCUUUCUCUUUGUACAAAUCAGAAUUCUGCAGACAGCCUGGGGAUCGCAGAGAUACCCAAAGAAAAUUGGCAAACUGCAUGGAACACGCACGAUACAUUCAAGGAGUAUAAGGAGCAUUCAAAUCAUUUGUAAUCCACUUCUAUGAAACCUACAUAGAUUUUCCAUCUCCCUUCAGAAAUGGAUAUUCUUCCGGCUUCUGCCAGCAGUGGAAUCCAAGGGCAAAUAUUUCUACUGAAAAAGGCACUAGCCCCAGGGGAGAAGCAAAAUGAUGCACCUGCAUAGCCAAGUGGGCCUCACCCCAUUUUUAUAUAUACCUUAAUUUUGCUAUACAAUUUUUGAAUUUGGGUUUACUAAAAGGAGCCAUUUUGUCUUUCAACGCCCCCCACCCCAUAUCCUCCUCCCCCAAAAGUCCCUAUAGCUUUCUUUCCUAUACUAAUGAAAACUAAGGAAUCCAUGGAAGGACUGUUCCAUAAGCUGGCUGUUGCAUUGGAUGAGAGAAACUGGCUUAAGGAUUCGGAUACAAUUUUGUUUCCAUAGAUACUUUAUACAGAGUUUUAUUCAAAUUCAUGCAUUUUAAUUCUCUAGUCAUCUCCUUUAAAAACCCCCCACAUAUUUCCUUCUGUUCUUACUCCAAUAUUUCACCCUUACACUCGCAAGUUUUUAGAUGGAAAAGGGAAUUUGCAACCUCCUGAAGCCUGGGUAGGGCCAAGUUCCCGUUUCCAUGUCAAAUCCCAGACGAUGGUGAAUUAUGAACGUGCCACAUCAUGAAUUUCUUGUGGCUGGUAACUGUGCACCAUACGUGGAAGGCUGUCCUAUUCUCUGCAAUCUACCUCAUGGUGCAUAUGUGGAUCUCCUGUGCAGCAUACUCUGGGCCUCAAAGUUGCCCAUCUGUCUGUUCCUGCAGUAACCAGUUCAGCAAGGUUGUAUGCACACGUCGUGGCCUCUCUGAAGUACCCCAAGGUAUCCCAUCAAACACUCGGUCUCUCAAUCUCAUGGAGAACAACAUACAGAUGAUUCAGGCUGACACGUUCCGUCACCUUCAUCAUUUGGAAGUGCUACAACUUGGCAGGAACUCUAUACGUCAGAUAGAGGUUGGGGCUUUUAAUGGUUUGGCCAGCCUCAACACUCUGGAAUUGUUUGACAACUGGUUGACUGUAAUUCCCAGUGGGGCAUUUGAGUACCUUUCCAAACUGAGAGAAUUGUGGCUCAGGAAUAAUCCUAUUGAAAGUAUUCCAUCUUAUGCCUUCAAUCGGGUACCAUCUUUGAUGCGCCUGGACCUUGGAGAGUUAAAAAAACUGGAGUAUAUUUCUGAGGGGGCUUUUGAAGGAUUGUAUAAUCUGAAGUAUCUUAACCUUGGGAUGUGUAAUAUCAGAGACAUGCCAAACCUUACACCAUUGGUGGGACUUGAGGAACUAGAAAUUUCUGGAAACAACUUUCCUGAUAUAAAACCAGGAUCUUUUCACGGUUUGAGAUCACUAAAAAAAUUGUGGAUUAUGAACUCACAGAUCAACACCAUAGAGCGCAAUGCUUUUGAUGAUUUGACAUCCUUGGUUGAAUUGAAUUUGGCUCACAACAAUGUGACCUCCCUGCCACAUGACCUUUUUACCCCUCUAAAAUAUUUAGUGGAAUUACACUUGCACCAUAAUCCAUGGGACUGCGACUGUGAUGUUCUUUGGCUUUCCUGGUGGCUGAGAGAGUAUAUUCCCACCAAUUCCACAUGCUGUGGUCGUUGCCAUUCCCCGCCGCACAUGAGGGGGAAGUAUGUGGUGGAGGUGGACAAUUCAAUGUUUCAGUGCUCAGCCCCUUUUAUAAUGGAUGCUCCUAGGGAUUUAAACAUUUCUGAGGGGAGAAUGGCAGAGCUCAAGUGUAGAACUUCUGCCAUGUCCUCUGUUAGGUGGCUACUGCCUAAUGGAACUGUGUUGACCCACGCUUCCAAUCAUCCGCGAAUCACCAUCCUCAACGAUGGGACGUUAAACUUCUCACAGGUCCUUCUCACUGACACUGGUGUCUACACAUGCAUGGUAACAAAUGUGGCGGGAAACUCGAAUGCUUCAGCUUAUCUCAACGUCAGCACGGCAGAGCUUAACACUUCCAACUAUAGUUUCUUCACAACUGUCACUGUGGAGACAACAGAGGUGGCUCCUGAAGACAUCUCUAUGAUAUUCAAGCCGGUGCCAACCACAUCUACAGGGUACAAACCUGCAUAUACAACUACCACCACUGUACUAAUUCAGACCACUAAAAUGCCCAAGCAGGUGGCGGUACCAACUUUAGAUGCUGGAGACAAAAUGCAAACUAGCCUUGACGAGGUGAUGAAGACCACCAAAAUCAUCAUUGGUUGCUUUGUGGCAGUCACACUGUUAGCGGCCGCUAUGCUUAUUGUGUUCUACAAGCUACGCAAGCGGCACCAGCAAAGGAGCACUGUGGCAGCUGCGCGGACUGUUGAGAUAAUCCAAGUGGAUGAGGACAUCCCCAGUGGGAGUCCCACAGGUGAGGGGGCAGUUGUGCUGCCCACCAUUCACGAUCAUAUGAACUACAACACCUACAAGCCAGCACACCAUGGGGCCCAUUGGACGGCUAACAGUAUCGGUAAUUCUUUACACUCCACAAUAACUACCAUAUCUGAACCUUAUAUAAUUCAGACCCACACAAAAGACAAGGUACAGGAAACUCAAAUAUGA